AUGCCAUUAAAGACCUACUUGAUUUACACAUUGACUGGACUUUCAUUAGUUUGGACUGCCAACUAAUGCUUCAAACUGAAGGGCUACAUUGAUUAUCUUAAAGAAGAAGCUCCUGAUUGCAUGAAGCCUAAUCCAAAUAGGACAGAGCUCAUAAUAGCUGCCAUUAUGAUCUAACUCUGUGUUUAAUAUCCAGUUUAGAUGCUUUCCAGAUCAUUAUUUAUGAGCUCACUUCCUGAAAAAUUUCCAAUAGGAUCUAGUUUGAGAAAAGAAAAGGCAGAAAUGAUGGCUGAGAGAGUGUACAAAUUUUUUAUCUACUCAGUUACUUCUGGAGGUCUUUUCUUCGUACUUAAGCAAAGCAACUUUUAUCACAAGCUUCUUUGGGGUGAUCAAGAAGACCCUCAAUACUUUAGUAAUUACCCAUGCUAAAAAAUUCCAAAGUACUUAGAUGAUAUUUACAUUUUGAAGCUUUCCUAUCAUGUUUAUGAAUUGAUUUACACAAUGGGAUUCUAGAUUAGCAGAAGAGACUUCCCAGAAUACAUCUUUCACCAUAUUAUAACUCUCGUUUUAGUUUUAUUCUCAUAUUCUGUCAAUUUCUUACCAAUAGGAGCGGUGAUAAUGCUAAUCCAUGAUUUUCCAGAUAUUUUUAUUAGCUUAUUCAAAAUCACAUAUGAUAUUGUUAGCAGCAAGUUUUAGCAUAUCUUGGCUGCUAUUAUGUUUCCUUUGUGGAUCUACUGUAGAAUCUUUUUCUUCCCAGUUUAUAUGAUUGCCAAAUAUUACGAGUAAGCAGCUCACUCAGAUCAUUACGUAAUUCAAAAUGUUUUUCAUAUUCUGUUCUGGUUCUUAGUAGGACUUUUACUUUUGCAUUGUAUUUGGACUAAUUUAAUUAUCAAGGGUAUUAUCAAUAGAAUAACUAAUAAAAAGAAGGAUAGAGUCUACUUGCAAGGAAAGGACAAGAUAGAUUGA